AUGGACUCUGACGAUGAGGAUUGCCCUCGCUCUGUCACCCAUUACGGGAUGCUUGAGUCCAGGAGAGACCUCAAACGUCGAGGAUUUCACCCUGAUGUUACUUCGAGGACGCCGAGUGAGGUGGAAACCGACGCAAUCGAAUACCUCACGAAUAAAGUCAACCUACCAGGGCGAAGUCAAUAUAUUGCUUCUCAGAAAGCCCUACUUGGACAGGGAGGCGGCUAUGGAUAUCGGAAUAGGCCUCGUGGUACAAUUAUCCGCCGUCUCACCAAGGGCCCCUGGUUUGUCACUGCAACGCUCGCCGAGAAGCCCGCCUUCAAAGAGGCAGCGAACCGCCCAAAAGAUGUCCCAGCUGAUCCCAAAGAUGCACUGCCGAUUGCACCUGAGAUUGGAGCUGUUACAGGGCAUAUGUAUCUUGGCCCAAAAAUCAUGCAAGAUGUCUUCCGUGAUGGCCACCAGACAGCCAUGAAACUGUCUCUAGCUUCGAGCAAAAUGUAUAAGCUGGUCAGCGAUAAUGUGAACCGGUGGGACUUUUGCGCUAUGGAAUACGUUGUCAAAGUUCCCUCAUCUGUAAUGGUUGUCGUGGUUCCCCAACACACAGUCGGGGAUAUUCUUGAAGCUCAAAAGAGAUACAAGUUGCAACUUAAUUCGCCUGAGUGGACAGCAGCGCGCCAAAAGUUGGAAUCCCAAGGAGAUUUUGACAACUACAAACUGCGAUCCAUUGAAGUGGAGCAGACAUUCUUUGAAUGGGCGCAGACUUGGAGGAUUGAAUGCUUGAGGGCUGCCGGACCCUAUUGGGUGACCAAGGAUGGAGAGAUUGAUCCUCGAACCACUGACCGUGCCAAGGAGUGGUGGGAUGAAGACAAACACGCCAUCAACGUCAUGGGCUCCCUCAAGCCACUGGACAAGAUGUGGUCGGCAAAUCAAUUUGAGGGGACCGUUUAUAAGCUGCAUAAGAUGCCCAUCAGCCUCGCGAUGGAGAGCCUUUUCAAAUUGAUGGUUGAACUGCAUAGGGCCCGUUCUCACGUCGAAGUGCUGCACCUACACAACGUGCCGCUUCUCGAUCGUCGGAUGCUCGCCAUCAUGCUUCGUGGGUUGCCGCAUGUGACCAUGGUGGGCGUAUACAACUGCCCUCUCAUCCACUUUGGCGACGUGAUUCCCAUCCUGGAUCUCAUCUAUGAGAUUAAUCAGGACCGGAAAGAGAAAAACAUGCCAGAGAUCAAGGCUUUUGACUUCUUUCCCUGUUUCAAUCAAGGUAUGCCAUUUGCACACAAGAACGCGGCGACGUAUGGUAUCUCCUGGGAGCCGAUCGCCAUGGAGCUUGCCCAGCCUGGUUUCUACGGCAUUAUUCUUAAGGCCGUCAUGAAAUCAAAGGGAAUGGGCCUUGACCUGCUGUUUUCCCCGGACCAUGCAUUCAUGGACUACCUGGUCAAAGUGCCAAAUCUCCCGCUGGGAGUCUAUAGCUUUCUAGAUGCCGUAUAUCGGUAUCUGGAAGUGAAGAGGGAUGAUCGCAAUCGUUGUAAUCUGAAGCUCCAGGCCAUCUACGACAUGCUUAAACCAAUUCGAAUUGAAUUGGACCCGUAUGUGGCGGAUGACUGGCCCAGAUACUACAUCCGAGAGAUGGGCAAGACGUUCUUGUGCUGCUGCUCCUGCGGCUACGCAACUUUUAGGGAAUUUUUCCCAGCCGGCUCGAAAAGGAGAGCGCUCAGGCACCGACAGAUUUGCUGCGCCUGUCUUUUGCAAAAAGCCCUUGACGAUGAGGAAGACCACUGGAAGACGCGGAAGAAGGACCUUCUGGAUAAGCUUUGCCCUGACUGGGAGCCAAGCGCCUUCAACCAGGAUGCACCUCUGUUUGACGGCGGGGGAGGACUAAUUCGUCUUGAGUCCACCGAAACUGUACGCCCUCGGCAGGACCAUCCGCCGUUUCUUGUUGAUGGUCUUCUCCGUCUCGCUCCAUUCUGGCAAGCCCUGGUUCGAGACCAGAAGCGUGUAUACGACUCGCUGGCCCAACUCCCUAGUCUUGAGGAUGUCGCUCUAGACUUGGCAACCGGGCGUCGGUGGCAGGAUGCAGUUAUCUUUGCCAUCAAAGAAGAUGUACUUCGUCUAGGUAUUCUGGAGCUGAAAAGCAGUUACCAGCAUGGCGUGAAGAGAAAGAGCAUUCCCGCAUAUGGGACCACGAGAAAGGAUGGCGGCGCGCCGGAUCAUCAAGAUGAGCUCCAGCCUCCGGUUUUCGAUGAAGACUGGGUCUUUUAUGAUCACAAAAAUGCCCUGAGGUUGGCACUUUGGCUAAAGAAAAGGGACUGGUGA